AUGUCUCAAAGCUCUACCUGGGACCCAUUACUAUUUCUUACUCUUCCAGUUACUCUAAGAAAGUGUGUAUACUGGCACUUGGACGGACAAUUAACUCGUUUGAGACUGCCGUCGUCAUAUGAACUGUUCACCGACACGAUGACUGAGUCUCGAAAGACUGCACGAAGAAAGAGGCAGGCCUUUAAACUGCGGAAAAAACUCCAAAAAUUCAUCGAGCUGUAUAGCUAUAUGCCAGAUUUUGUAAACUCAUGGUUGGACUACAUGUCUUGUCUGCGAUACGACUGCGUAGUGCUGGAUUAUCUACGAGUGAACAGAGAGCUUGAAAGCACACUUACGCAAUUACAUUGGAUUUUUAUCGAUGGGUGUCUCAUGCUGGGACUAUUCAGUCCCGAGGGAUUACUACAACAUUGGUGCUCUUUGGAAGAGUAUAAAGAUUUGGUCGACAAUGACUUGAACCUUGCUACGGUGGUAAACAUGGAGCAUUUGAAUGGCGAAGAGCUACGACAGUUGAACACGCAGCUAGAAAAAUUGGAAGUGAAAGACCUUGUUCGUCAAGUCACCUUCUAUCAAGAUGAAGAAAUACCCGAAACUGCAGGUGUCCGGGAUCUGAUCUCGAUGCUAGAAAGUCUCAAAGGUUUACAGACCCUCGCAGUCACCAGCAACAGCAUGUUCGAACGGCUAGUGAAUUUUCACGGCUUCAGGGACUAUCCCGGUCACACCCUCGGAUACGCAGUGAGGAAAAGAGUCGCGGAGCUGGAAAUCAGCCGGUGUGGGGUCCUGGGCGGUCCGCAAUCCUUAGCGAACCUGGAGCGUUGGGAAGCAGUCGGCAAGGUAACGUUUUCAUUCUUGGAAGCGCUGGAUCUCAACCAGGUGGUUUUGCCGCCGCAUUGCGUGUGGUUGCGUCUCCAGAACGUUAAGAGACUAAGAUGGUGGGAUCUUCAAGCGUUGCGUACUAUACUGCCGAGUCGAUUACUAUUAUCCGGGUCUAUAAACGAAACGCUCGAUCAUUCGGAGGCUUGGAGUAAGCCCGUGGUCGAAGUCUUGGACGCUUCAGAACUACAUACUUGCAAAGCUUUGUUAUGGGAGACUUUGCGCCAUCUACACCGAAUACAGCUGAUCGAUGUGAUGGAAAUUGAACCUGUUGCCAUUCUGCCGUUGUGUUUAUACAAUAGUGGCCAGAUUCAGUGCUCUGGAACAACUGAUCUCAAGCGGGUGCUUUAUCUAUAG